AUGGCUCCUCCAACCAUGGGAGAAUGGCGUGACAUAGCUGCAGGUUUUUAUGAAAACAGUAGUUUCCCAAAUACAGUGGGCGCAGUAGAUGGCAAACACAUUAGGCUACAAUGUCCUAAAAAAAGCGGAAGUUUAUACUAUAAUUAUAAAAAUUUUUUUUCAAUUAUAUUGUUAGCCGUUUGUGAUUCAAAUUAUUGUCUCCGCGUGAUCGAUAUCGGCUCGUAUGGAAAAGAGAGUGAUUGUAAUAUUUUAAAACGUUCGACUUUCGGGAAACAAUUAUAUUCUGGCAAAGUCAAUUUUCCUCCAGAUAACCAAUUGCCUGGAGACGAAAAUGGUGACCGACAGCCAUUCGUUUUAGUGGGAGAUGAGGCUUUUGCCCUAAGUAAAAAUUUAUUAAGGCCAUUUCCCGGUAGAAGCUUAAAUGACCGGAGACGUAUUUUUAAUUAUCGGCUAUCGAGAGCUAGACAAUACAUUGAAUGCACGUUUGGUAUACUGACAAACAAAUGGAGAGUCCUUCAUACUAGCUUAUUGGUAGAACCUGAGUUUGCAGUACUAAUAACAAAAGCUUGCUGCGUAUUGCAUAAUUAUGUCCGGCGAAAAGAUAGUUUCAAUAUCGAAGACACGUUAAAUUGCACGUUACAAUCUAUAAAUGAAAAAAAAGGAGUUGGUAAUUCGUCAAGCGACGCUAAAAAUGUAAGGGAGUAUUUUGUAAACUAUGUAAAUAAUCCUAACCAUUCCUUAGCUUGGCAAAAUAGAGUGAUUGCUUAA